UACACUUGCUGUACACGGCUCCGCGUCACGUGGCUCGCGGAGAUUGUCAGAGUCAUCAGACGCUGGUGCCGCUUGACAUGACAGUAGUAGACACCGUUCUUGCUGGUUUUCCUCUCUUCUGUCGCAUAAACUCUUAACUUUGUAUGCGACACUGUUUUUUAUUUAACAAGCAGAAAAAUACAGCGAAGAAGCGAUUACUGAGGAGCCUGGAAAGACACGGAGGAAAUGCGCUCCUGAAAAAUAAGACAGCUUUGGAGAGUGAACUUAAGCUCGACGAUAGUGCCAAGACAUCCUCGUUAUAACGAAUGCCUCAAAACUUCAAGAAUGUGAUUAAUGCUUUUCAGUGUUUUCUUUCAAAAAUGUGGUUUGAUUCACGGACUUUGCUGCGGUUUCUCGUAGCGACAUUAUUGUGUGCUAGUUGUUGCGCGCAGGUGUUUAAUCUCAGUCUCUCCAUAGAGGAAGGAUUACCUGCAAAAACUGUUGUCGGGGAUAUAGGAGCUGGACUACCUGCGAAAAUUCGCAAUUCUGGAUUCUUCAUAUCUGAGAGCAAAGAUUCACAUGUGUUCAAAGACUUGGAGGUCGAUGGAGACACCGGGAUCAUCUCUACCGCCGUGGUGUUGGACCGAGAGCGCGUAGAGAAGUAUGAGUUUUCGGCGGCCACUUUAACAAGAGACGUUAUAAAAGUUAUCAUUGAGGUCAAGGAUAUAAACGAUAAUUUCCCCGUGUUUCCCGCGGAAACAAUCCGGUUGAAUGUGUCUGAAUUAAGUCCCCCUGGAACACGUUUUGAGCUAGAAGGAGCUCAAGAUCAGGAUAAGGGUGAUUAUGGCAUCCAGGGCUACAGAAUUAAAGACACGAGGAACAUUUUUACAGUUGAAAAUCGCAACAAUGGGGGUAAUGUGUUCAGUUUAGACCUUAUUCUAAAAGGACGAUUAGACAGAGAAUCUACAGACCUCUAUGGUCUCACAAUUGAGGCAUUUGAUGGUGGUUUACCACCAAAAACAGGCCAGUUACAGGUGCAUGUUACCGUAUUGGAUGAAAAUGACAACCAGCCAGUGUUCAAUCAGUCUGAGUAUCAUGCUGUCAUAUUGGAAAGUUCCCCAUUAAUGACAUCUGUGUGCCAGGUAUUUGCAACAGAUCCAGAUCUCGGCAGCAAUGGCAAGGUUACUUACAACAUUAACCGCCGUCAGAGUGACCCGAAUGAGUUUUUCAUUAUUGAUAGUUCCUCUGGAAUCAUUAGUGUAAAUAAGCUUUUGGACUAUGAAAAACAGGCAUUUUUUGAGUUCAUUGUGACCGCAUGGGAUUCUGGGACUCAGCCUGAAUCCUCCAAUACUUUUGUCGUUAUUAAAGUCUUGGAUGUCAAUGAUAACCACCCAAAUAUUAGCAUUUUGUUUUUAAAUGAGGCUGGAGCACCUGAGGUAUCAGAGGGCGCAGAACAUGGAGAAUAUGUUGCCAGGAUUGCGGUCUCAGACCCUGAUUUAGGGGAGGUCAAAAAACUCAAUGUUCUUCUUCAAGGUGGGAAUUCGAUGUUCACUCUCAAACCCACUGAUGAUUUUCUUUACGUUCUCUGUGUGGAUGGAGAACUGGACAGGGAGGUAAAGGACCUGUAUGAGCUCACUGUGAUUGCUUCAGAUUUUGGCUUACCUCCCCUGAGGACCGAGACAACGUUUCAAGUUCAGAUCACUGACGUGAAUGACAAUCCACCCGUUUUUGAAAAAAACACAUAUGAGGAGAGUAUUGCCGAAGAUGUGCAUGAGGGAGUGGCUCUCUUACAAGUGAAGGCCACGGAUAGAGAUCAAGGAGGGAACUCCGUAAUCGUCUACUCUAUUGUACAGUCAGAAAUGGAGCAUCUUUUUGACAUCGAUCCAGCAUCAGGUGUCAUUACUGUUGCUGCAAGCUUAGACUAUGAGAAACAGUCAGAGUUGAAGUUCUUGGUGGUGGCUACUGAUUGUGGUUCUCCAUCUCUUUCCACCACAGCCACUGUGAGUGUGACUACCCAUUUGGAGGAUGUCAAUGACAAUAAACCCAUAUUUCAACAACAAUUAUACAACUUAACCAUCAAAGAACACACAGCCAUUGAGACAUGCCUCUUACAGGUCACUGCCACAGAUGCUGAUGAUGCUGAGUUUGGAAAAGUGCAGUACUUCCUCUGUGAUGGCUACAGCGGCAAGGAUGCCCAUCCUCUCUUCAAAAUCAACUCUGUUACUGGGGAAAUCUGUGUGGCCCAAGACAUUGACUACGAAGAUGGCAUUGUGACCUUUGACCUCCUGAUUAAAGCUGAAGAUCAAGAUGGUCUCAAUUCACAGACAUUUGUUCACAUCGAUGUGGAGGAUGUGAAUGAUAAUGGUCCUGUUUUUACUCCUGAGAGAUAUGUCACGAGUUUAAGCAGCCAUGCCCAACCUGGCACCAAGCUCCUCAGUGUGUUUGCCUCUGACCAGGAUUCUGGCAACUAUGGGGAAAUCACCUAUGAGCUGCUGCCAGGAGAUUCUGCUUCUUUAUUCAAUGUGGAUCAGUCGACAGGAGCUGUCUACCUGAACUCUUCACUGUCUCAGGUGCGAAGUAGCAGUGUGAAACUGUCUGUCUCUGCUCGGGACGGAGGAGGGCUGUCGACCAUUAAUCCUGCUAACAUCACCGUGAACAUCCUACACAGCCAACAGCCCCUAGCCCUCUUCCAGAAGCCCCACUACACCUUCUUCAUCUCUGAGGAUGCACCUGUGGGAUCCUCUGUUGGUUCAGUUCAGGCUGUUACACCUGCCAAUUCAUUGGAGGUAGUCUCAUACGUUAUAUCCUCUGGUGAUCCACAGGGGCUUUUCACAGUAGAUACCCACACAGGCAUCAUCACUACAAACAAACUUUUAGACCAUGAGUCCAUCUCUCGUGUUCUCCUGACCUUACAGUUCCACACAGGAACCCUUCCUAUCUACAGCAGUGCUCAGGUCAAUAUCUCCAUAACAGAUGUCAACGACAACCCUCCUGUAUUCCCCAAGAACUCAGAACGCAUCACCUUAUCCCAUAACACCCCUCCAGGGACACCGCUCUUCCUUGCACAUGCUGAAGAUAGUGACAGUGGCCUUAAUGGCAGAAUUCAUUACGUGUUGCAUCCUGAGAGCCAACUGUUUACCAUUCACCCACAUCUCGGGACUCUCACUCUGAACAGUGACCUCUCUGGCGAUUCUCGACAGAGGUACGAGUUCACUAUUAUAGCCAAAGAUGAAGGUCAACCUUCUUUGAACUCUACUCUAGAUCUUAUAAUAGAGAUGGACAAAUCAGACCUGGCAGAAGAGACACUAUCCUUUGAAACAUUGGUAUACCAGGUGGAAAUUGGAGAAAGUGCCAUAAAAGACAACAGAGUGAUUCAGGUUCGUGCUUAUAGUUCAAGAACCCAGAGCAGAGGAACCCAUGCCUUAACAUCCCCUGUCAUCAAAUACUCUCUUGAACCCAUCACUGUGGUCCCACCUUUCAGGAUCCACCCAGAGAGUGGAUGGAUGUUUGUUUCUCAGCGUCUUGACUACGAAACUCAACCCAAGUACAGAUUCAGCAUCUAUGCAACCGUGCACGACGGUUCAAUGGAGGCCACUGCCACGGCAGCUGUGGUUGUUACGGUUCAGGAUGAGAAUGACAAUGCACCUGUAUUUAGUAGGGAUGUGUAUUUCUUUAGUGUGCAAGAGGGACCAGCCCCUCAUGGGCUAAUAGGAACAGUAAAAGCCACAGACAGAGAUUCUCAGAAUAAUGGAAUGUUAUCCUACAUCCUGUUGUCUGAUGGAAAAUACUUUAGCAUCAACUCCAGAACAGGAGAGAUCAUAAACCUGGUGGCCUUGGAUCGUGAGGAGCAGGCUCAACAUGUGCUGAGGGUGAUGGUGACAGAUCAGGGUCGACCUCGUCUCAACAGCACAACUGUUGUUUACAUUCUAGUCACAGACAUCAACGACAACCCCCCACAGUUCAUGCACCUGCCUGCAACUAAAGAGUUAACUAUACAGGUGUGGGCAGGCAUUCCAGUGGGCUCUGUUAUAAUCAGUAUGUUUGCCAAAGACCAGGAUGCUGGAGAAAAUGGAACUGUCAGGUUUCUCAUAAAAGAUGAUCGCAUGGGCCACUUUAGUAGUGACAGCCGGAGUGGGGAUAUCAAGGUGACAGAGCGAUUCUCCUCAAACCCGCAGAUGAAUUAUACCCUGAAGGUGGUUGCCAUAGACAGUGGCUCUGUACCUCUGGAGGAGACUGCAGUUGUUCACAUACAGGUUUAUGCUGAUUUUCAAGGCUUCAGACACUUUACGGUACAAGAAGAUGUGAAGAUUGGAACUGUUAUUGGAUCACUUGGGAUUUCUAUGGCACCAGAUACACAGUUGCGAUACUCUAUUGUGGAGGGCGAUGGAAAGUUGCAGUUUAGUAUCCAAAGUGGCGAACUCUAUGUGGCGCAGCAUCUGGACUACGAAGUCACACAGCGUUACUUUUUGGUUGUACUUGCAGAAGCCCCGCCCACAUUCAAUGCCACCAUAUUUGUAGCAAUCAGUGUAACUGAUGUCAAUGACCACACCCCCUGGUUCCCCUAUAAUGACAACAUUGUAGCAUUCUGUGUCCAGGAGGACAUGGUCAAUGGAACAGCGGUGUAUGUCUUUAACGCACGCGAUGGGGACGGAAGCCUGCAAAACAGUGAGCUGUUUUAUUCUUUGACCUUUGACCCUGAUGUUUCCAAAGAGGAACUGCCUUUUCACAUCAACCCUCACACUGGAGUCCUCAUGACAAACACGCAGCUGGACCGCGAGCGUAGCAAAAGCUACAUAUUUAAAGUGACUGCCAGUGACCACAUGGGUGACCCUAACAAUCAGAAACAUCCCUCUGUCAUAGCUCAGGUGAUUCUGUUGGACGUCAAUGACAACAGCCCCACGUUUGUUUCUGUGGAUACAGUUCGUGUCUCAGAAGAUGCAGAGUUGGGACUGUUUUUUCAUCACAUGAUGGCCAAAGAUGAAGAUGAAGGAAGUAACGGACAUGUGAUUUACAGUAUUUUAUCAGGAAAUAAAAAGGGCUACUUUCACAUUGAAGAGACAGGGCAUCUGUACCUGAACACUUCUCUGGAUUAUGAAUCCCAGCAUUACCACAUCCUCACAGUACAGGCCACAGACAAUGGCGUUCCGUCUCUGUCUUCUACUCAGACACUCACAGUCGAGGUUCAGGAUGUUAAUGAUCAGCCUCCUGUUUUCCAGCAGCAUGUUUACAAUACCACAGUAAUGGAGAACAGAGAACGAGGAGAGGUCGUUUUCACGGUCACCGCAGUUGACAUGGACUCAGAAGAGAACGCUGCCGUGAACUACAGCCUGCUGCCCGGUUUAGGAUAUGAGCUCUUCGUGAUAAACUCUCACACCGGUCAGAUCAGCACCUCCACACAGCUGGACCGAGAGAUCCAACCCAGAUUAACUCUCAGAGUUCAGGCAGAGGAUAGCGGCACACCCUCUCUCUCCAGCACCGCCACAGUCUUCUGCUUUAUUCUUGAUGACAACGACAACACUCCACAAUUUUCCCAGCCUGACUUGCACAUAAUAAUUCCAGAAAAUUUGCCUCUUGGAGUCAUUCACACGGUCAAGGCCUCAGAUAUUGAUAAUGGACUAAAUGGAACAAUUCAGUACUCAAUAGAAGAAAAUGCAAAAAAAUAUUUUAGUAUUGACUGUGUGACUGGGGCAAUAAACACCACUAGAGUCUUGGACCGAGAGGAACGAUCAAACUACACUCUCCGCAUCACUGCAUCUGACAGUGGGCAUCCACCCCUGAACUCCACCGCACUCCUGCACAUUACCCUCUCCGAUGAAAACGACAACAUCCCCACAUUCACACGGAAAACUUACCGUGCCACCCUUAGGGAGGACCUUCCUGUCGGUUCUGAGAUCAUACAUCUCAUUGCACGGGAUGCAGACGAGGGGUCCAAUGGUAUAGUCACAUACUCUUUGGUGGAGGAGAAUUCUGGAAACUUUCAUGUUGAUGGCUCCACUGGCGUGAUACGACUGACGAAACCUCUGGACCGCGAAACCCGUUCUCAGCAUGUUUUUCGUGCUGUAGCUACAGACGGCUGCAAGCUGGGCCCACGCAGCUCAGUCGCUAUAGUUACGAUACAAGUAGAAGAUAUUAAUGACAACCCACCAUCGUGUUUGGAGGAAAACAUGAGGGUGUCAGUGGCUUCCAUGAGCACACGUCUCCAUCAGCCCAUCUUUACGGUUGUAGCCCGGGAUCCAGACCAAGGGGACAAUGGGAAGGUGGUGUUUAGCUUAGCAGAAGAUGAGCUGUUUCAGGUUGACAGGAUUUCUGGAGCCGUGAGGUUGAAAGCUCCCUUGAGGAAUGGGGUUUCAGGAACACACUUACUCCGUGUGCAAGCUGCAGAUCUGGGUAGACCUUCCCUCACCUCCAAUUGUCUGUUGCUUGUUCAGCUGAACGGAGAUAAACCACAGUUGCAGUUUACAGAGGAGCUCUAUGAAGUCACCAUGUUGGAGAACAGCAAGACAGGCUCUUGGGUGGCAAAUGUUGUAGCUCAUGACCAGACAGCAGAAGAUGCAACAAUCAAGUACAGUAUUUUCAGUGGCAAUGAGAAUGAAGCCUUUACUAUAAACCUGAGUACAGGAGAUAUCACUGUUAGGGAACAAAGACUGCUGGACUUUGAGGUAGAGCGUAAAAUUUAUCUUGUGGUUCUGGCUGAUAAUGGACACCAGACAGCUUAUGCCAGAAUGACCAUCACUAUGCAAGAUGUCAAUGACAACGCACCAGCGUUCAAGCAAAGCUACUACAGAUCAGCUGUUUGGGAGGGACAAAUUCACAACACUUUUGUUAUGCAGGUGUUAGCCACAGAUUCUGACAGUGGUGCAAAUGGACAGAUUAGUUAUUUCAUUAUGGAUGGGAACCACAAUAAUGCAUUCGUCAUCGACUCUGUUCGUGGGAUUCUUGCCACCAGUACAGUACUGGACAGAGAGAUUGUUCCCUCAUACAAGUUAAUUCUUCACGCCAUAGACAUGGGACGUCCCCCUCUUACAGGCACCUGCACUGUCCGUGUCCAGGUUGUAGAUGUCAAUGAUAAUAGCCCUACGAUACCAUCCAUGGAACAAGUGACCAUUGCAGAAAAUCUUCCUGUUGGUUUUAUUGUCACUCAAGUGUUUGCAAAUGAUGUUGACCUUAGUCCUGUAGCAACGUACAGAUUUAUAGAGAUGGAUGAGGCAAGCUUUGCAAUUGACCAGUACACAGGAGUGAUUACCACGACUAAAAGACUGGACUAUGAGAAUCAAACGGCCUAUAUACUAAGAGUGGAAGCAUCAGACUCUGUCCAUCCAACAGUGGCUGAACUCGCCAUACACGUGCUGGAUGUCAAUGAUAACCCCCCAGUCUUUUCUCAGGAGUCGUAUCAGGUUGUGUUGCCAGAGUGGACACCUGCACACUCGUAUGUUGUGACUGUAUCAGCAACUGAUAGAGAUUCUGACCAAAAUGGAAAAGUUUCUUAUAGGCUUCUUUUCUCCCCAAUGAAAGGCUUUUACAUUGAUGCAGAAAAUGGUUCAGUGUAUACAAACAAGCCUCUGAAGUAUAUUGCAAAUGGAAACAUGCUGCGGUUUUUGGUGGAAGCACGGGACAGUGGUGACCCAAGCCUAUUUACUGUCACUUCUGUGGAUGUCGAGGUGACGGACUCUAAUGAUCACGCCCCUUACUUUACGCAGAACUCGUACCACAUUAAUGUUCCUGAGGAUGUGUCUGUUGGAAGCACUCUCCUCAUUCUGUCAGCAAAAGACAAGGACUAUUCAAAUGAAAACACUUAUUUGGAGUAUGCAAUUGCGGGUGGAAAUGACGAAAGGUGCUUUUGCCUAGAUGCUGUUAGCAUUCAGACCAUAGAAGCCCAUAGACAAUAUAUUGGCCAGGUGGUGCUUUGUGAUAGUCUGGAUCGAGAGAUCGCUGACACUUACUCCAUAACUUUGAUGGUACGAGACAAGGGAACGCCUCCGCUUAACAGCUCAACUGUUGUGACAGUCAACGUGCUUGAUAUUAAUGACCAUGCACCUGUUUUUAACAGUACAGAGUACUAUGCGCAGGUCAGUGAGAACAGCCCCCUUGGUACUGUUCUUAUCCACGUCUCUGCUCAUGAUCCUGAUCUAGGGCACAAUGGCACGGUAAAAUAUGACAUCAUCUCAGGUAACAGCAAGGGCCUGAUCAGACUAGAUUCUACAACAGGUGUCCUUGAUGUUUUUGGGACACUUGACUAUGAAGAGGACACUAAAUUGACCCUAAUAAUCCAAGCCUCAGAUGGCGGGGCACCAAGUGAAAUAAAGGUGUCUUUUGCUUGUGUAUACAUAUUAGUACUGGAUGUAAAUGACAAUUCCCCAUUCUUCGUGUUCCCUACUAUCAACUGCUCGGUGGCUGAAAACCUGCCGGCUUUUACCCCCGUGUGCACAGUACAUGCUGUCGAUGAAGAUGCAGGAAACUUUGGAUUACUGACCUAUUCCAUCAUAACCCCUUUCACGGACUAUGAUAGUACAGACCCGGAUCAAAAUGAAGCAUUUGCUAUUAAUGCACUUACUGGAGACAUCUAUACAAAACAGACGUUUGACUAUGAAAGAGGGAGUGAAUUUUGCUUUGUUGUAGAAGUGCGUGACAAAGGAGAUCAGGUGGCAACCUUGAGAGUACUGGUUAAUAUUGAAGGCAUUGAUGAGUUCAGCCCUAUAUUUACUCAGAAUGUGUACCAUUUCUCUUUGCCAGUUAAUGCCAAGGUUGCCCAAAGCAUAGGUUACUUGAUGGCCAUGGAUCGCGAUGGGGGUCUGGAUGGCUUGGUGGAAUACUCUUUGGUCAACCCAUCCCCAUUUUUCAACAUCAAUAAAACAACUGGCAGUUUAUUUAUUUCAAACCCAGUGUAUCAGAGACAAAGUUCCAUCUCUAAAGACACAACAGAGAACUUAAUGGUUUUGGCAAGCAGCCCCAAACUGGACUCCAGGUCGUCAACUUGCUACAUAGUUGUGAAUGUAUCCAAUUCUGCAAAGGCUCUAUCAAGCGCUGCUCUCCGUGUCCAGACCACCAGUGUCAUUGUGUCAUUAAUAGUGUUCUUCUUACUUUUGUUAGGCUUCAUUGCACUUGUCAUUAGGUACAAGUCCAAAGAGAGGUCGGUCAAGAAGACAGCUUACGUUACUGCUAACCUCAGCCACGAGACUGACACUUUUGGUAGGAUAGGUGGCAGUCUUCACUGCAACAUAAACGGUAUUAACCUCCAAGAUUUACAAGCACCAUUAGACAUGUGGGCAAAAACUGAUCAUGCGAACCCAUUGAGGAACUCUGACUCAAGUGGAAGAGGAUCUGCAGAGGAUGAGACUACUGAGGAUCAAGAAAUCAAGAUCAUCAACAAAUUUCCUUGCUUCAAACCUCUUGGAUCAGUCACAACUCAACAGCCAUUAAGAGUCUCAGACUUAGGGAUCCACAAUGGCUCAGGCCAACGCUUUUAUCGCUCUUCAAAUAAAGAUCUGCCUUCUUGUGCCAAUAUAGGAAUAGUCCAAAUAGUGGACAUGUCUAGUUCCGAGAGUCUCCACAAUUUCAAGGAAGAAGGUGGAGGUGAGGGAAUGCUCCCUCAGGUGGUCAACAUGAGGGACAUGGAGGAGGUCAUGAAAAGAUGCAUGUCCAUGCCUGGUGACCAGGGUUCAGUUGAGGGCUCACUUACUAAUCUGAUUAACUCUGAGGAUCAACUACAUGGCAGCUAUGAUGGGGACUACUUUUUUAGCUGGCAGCCACGCUUCCAAUCUUUGGCUGCUGUUUUUACAGACAUUGGCAUGCUUCCAGAUGAAGAUAUUAGGGAUAGUGACGUGGAACAAGAGUCUCGCAGCCUCCUGCACCCACCGCCUCUCAUCACAACAGUUGCCCAUCCAGGAAUACGUCCUGUACACCCCAGGAUGCCACAUGAAGGACCUACCCUAUUACACAGUAGAAGAACAGAAUUGACCCCUUUAGAAAUGACUCCCAGUUUCUCGCCCUCUCUGUCACUGCUUACUGUUAGGACACCCAGUACCUCUCCAGUGGUGUCAGAAACAGGGUUGGGACACUACAUAAAAAUAUCAACACUGCCAAGAGAUGUUUUAGAAAAUGUAGAGAUACAAGUGUAGUUUUGUACAAGUGUACAAAAUAUGCACUGCUUUGAUUAACAGAAUGUUUUAGUUUGUAAGGACAGAUAUUUAAUGAAAUAAUGCUAUUAACCAAAGCACUAGGAAAAUACAGUUCACACUUGUAUUAUGUUAAUGUAUUUGGUUUGUUGAAAACUCACAUUUUAUUUUGCCACAUGAUUUCUACAAAAUUUCUGCAUUGGUUCACUUAAUAUACACUGAACAAAAUCAUAAACGCAACACUAAUAUUGUUCACAAAUCUGUGUUAGUGAGCACUUCUCCUUUGCCGAGAUAAUCCAUCCACCUCACAGGUGUGGCAUAUCAAGGGCUGUGUCCCAAUUGGGGGGCUGCGUUCUUUGAAGGCUGCAUUUUUAAGACCGAUUGCAUCACAGCAGCGCGACUGAAGGCUGGUAAGGCUGUCCUGAUUCAAAGGUUGCUUCAAAUGCAGCCCCAAAAUGCGACCUUAUUUCCGUGGGUUUUUAAGGAUAGAACGAAUGUAUCCUUCACAGCUUUGGCUAUCCCGAGAUUCAUUGCGUGCCUGUAACGGCUUGACAUUUUUCAAUAAUCAUUCAAAACUUUAGUUAAAUAAAAGUAUGUAAUUCACAAAAACGGUCCAUUUCAGGGUUUAAUAUUAUAUAUGUUGUUCAUUAACAUUAUUGGUGUAUUAUUGUGUUUUAAAUUUGUAAGAUUGGUUAAUUUAACUGAUGGGCAGUUUUAAUCUACAUAAACGUGUCAUAUUCUCUAAAAUAAAAUAUCAUUUUUCUGGCUCCAUCUUGGCAAAGGAGAAGUGCUCACCAACACAGAUUUAGACAGAUUUGUGAACAAUACUUGAGAAAUAGGCCUCUUUUUUGUGUACAUAGAAAAAGUUUUAGAUCUUUGAGUUAAGCUCAUGAAAAAUGGGGGCAAAAACAAAAGUGUUGCGUUUAUAAUUUUGUUCAGUGUAUAUUCAGAUUUACAUAUUUGGCAGAUGCUUUUAUCCAAAGCAAUUUACAUUGCAUUAUCCUAUACAUUGGUAUGUGCAAUCCCCUGGGAUCAAACCCACAACCUUGCGUUGUUAACGCAAUGCUCUUACCACUGAGCUACAGGAAAGCUAUAUGUACAUGGAGUUCAUGUGUGAUAUGAUAUUCCUACAAUUAAGAAUUUUAGAAUUUAUUUUAUCAAACCGUGUUAAAAAAGAAAUCAUUUUUGUUUAUAAUUUUAGUAAUUGUAGUUUAAGUCAAUAUGUCAAACUAAAUAAAAAGCAGAAACAGAGAGCUUGGUGCUCUCAACUUGCUGUUAAACUGUUUUGGCGCUGCAAAUAUGAGUGAAAUCACCAGUCAAAUCUUGAACCAGUAUUUUUAUUACACAUAGAACAUGGACCUAAACUGGCAUAAUUUUUUAUUAUUAAUUCCUAAUGUAUGACAUGUUUUUAAAUGCCGUAACUUUAAUAAAGGAGUGUGUGCCCAGCCAAAAUUGCAGGCUUGUUGUUGAGAAAACAACCACACUAUUAGAAUUUCUCUUAUUACCUUAAAUAAAUAAACAAGAAAUCUAUCUGUGAGUUUUAAGAAAUUCCA